AUGCGGACGCUCACGCGGCUCCUGGGCCUCUCCCUGUGCCUCGCCGGCGGCUGCGCCUUCAUGUUCUCCUCCCUGAGGGAGAGGAAAGAGCCGCAGGGGAAGGUGCCGUGCGGGGGCCACUUCCGCACCCGCCAGAGCCUGCCGGACCACGCCCAGAGCUGGCUGGUGAACAAGUGGCUGUGGAUCUUGUUUGUGAUUUCGCUGUACGUGAUGCUCAAGAUUCGAGGAGACGGUGAGAAGAGUUCGGAGCCGGCCUCUCCCUCCAUCCAAGCCUGCUCGCUCCGCUGCCCGAGCCGGAAGCCGGCGGCCCUGGCCCCGCAGAAGGAGUACGCCUUCAACACGCUCAGCCAGCUCGAGAUGGACCUGGUCAAGUUCAUGUCCAAGGUGCGGAACCUCAAGCUUGUCAUGGCGACGGGCAGGGGCCUCAAGCACCACAGCCCCGAGGGGCCCACGGACCCCAACAACGGCAUCACCAUCUACGAGGUCUGGGGCGAAGAGGACGAGUGA